AAAUCGCGAGACGGGGCUUUGAUGGGCAUAACAAACUCAGAAGUAUAAAUACAACACCACACACACAACCGCACUGGACGACCUUCUACACCAUGGCUCCAACUACUAUCAACGUACUCCUUACCUCAUUUCCAGGCCUCAACCUCCCUAAAACUCUUGUCCUCCCGAUUCCGUCAACUGCAUCAGUGGCCGAGCUUUGCUACCAGCUUGCUGAACGCAUCCCUCCUUUCAAUGACCGACUUAUUCUCACCACCGCCUCAAACAAGCAGCUUGAACUGAAUUCCUGCGAACAAAUAUCAAGUCUCGUUUCCUCCGAUAGCGAUGCAUUCCUAUCGUUACGCCUUUCCGCGCGUCUCUGUGGUGGCAAGGGUGGCUUUGGUUCCCAGCUUCGCGCAGCUGGCGGGCGCAUGUCAUCGAAGAAGAAGAGAAACCAGGGUGAAAAUAACGGGUCAAGUCGCAACUUGGAUGGCCGAAGGCUUCGGACGGUUACAGAGGCGAAGGCUCUAGCGGAGUAUUUGGCGAUAAAACCGGAUAUGGAGAAGAAGGAGAAAGAACAACGCCGCAAACGCUGGGAGCAAGUGGUGGAACUUGCGGAGAAGAGGGAGGAAGAAAUUAAAUCUGGAUCCAAGGGGAAGCUUGACGGCAAGUGGGUGGAGGACAAGGAAGAGGCUGGAGAACGAACGAGAGAGGCAGUUCAGGCGGCCAUAAGAUCAGGCGACUACAGAGACAACCUCUCGAGCCGUCCUAAGUUGACAGCCAGCGGAUCAUCUUCUGACGACAAUAUGGAGAGUGGAAGUUCGUUGGCGACUGACGUUGAUUCAAAGAUGUCUACACCACCAUCAGGGUCAGAUCAACGUAAACAGUUUUCAGGGUCGUUUUUUGGAUUUGACGAGGAUGAUGACUUUAUGAGCGACGAUGAAAGUGAAGAUAUGGAAAAGGAGGACGGGGAAGAAGUGGCAAAUGAUGACGAGAUGGAGCUGAGUCCCGAGGAGCCACCGAACGGCGAGGAGGCGGACCUGGUCCCUGAGGUUCCAACCUCAAUCCCAAAAUCAAAGAAAGGGAAAGGCAAGGCGAAGUCAAAGCCAGACACGACAGAAACUGUGACGAAAACAAGAAGCAGUGCGAGGCGGAAGGCUUAAUGUGUUUACGAGUAUGUUUGCAAGUCAUGCGGAAGUGGAGUUAGGCGGUGUAUAAAUAGGUUAGCAAUGCCAGCUUUUAAGCUCAACCUACGUUCCGUCAAUUGCGCGGAGAUGUAUUCUGUGCCAGGAAAUAUUUAUUCCCUGUGAUUCUUCCAUCCACACCAGACGUAAUAAUAGCCUAUGGCGGAAGCCACGGGGAAGGCCGUUGCCAACAAGAUAGUCAGGCUUCCUGUUACCUGGAAGCCAUGCCAUGAACAUCAACAGGAAUCUGGGAUUAAGGUCGCACUUGGGUUUGCGAACUAUAAAUUUAAUGCAACAGAGUGCUCGUCGCCUCUACCGCCUAACCAAACUGGGCUCCGGAAGCAUACCAAGGUAAUAUACGUAGAUACAUAUAUGGGACACUUCUCCGGGCGCUGUGAUAGAACAAGAACUGCGUUUGAUAUCCAGAUUUGGGCUCAUAACAUUUAUAUCGCACAUAUAGUUAUAGCAAACAUAUCAAUGAAGCAGCCG